UCGUCCAUUAUGGCAGCAGACCCAUCGCGAGUAUGACACACACAGCCUCGAGGCAGCAUUUAUGUGCAUUUUCAGCUGUCCUCCACUCUGUCACAUCAGGGCUUUCCAUUACAUCAAGCCAUCAUUGUAGUGACAUAUCACCUUGACUCAUAUGGUGGUUGAGAUUGUCUAGCUGCACGGUAAGCUGCGCGAUUCAUACCCAGACUUCAAGAUGUCCUCCUUGCCUAUCGCCUUAACACCCGCGCCACCGAAACGCAAGUCAGUGUUCCUGAGCAUCUUCUCGCGAUUGGCAUCACCAUCCUAUCACCCUCCAUCCGAUCAAUGUCAGCUCGCGCCAUCUCUCAUUGAGGUCCACAUGCCACCGGCAACACUACUAUAUAGUACAUGUGGCGAUUCCAUUCGCUUUCGCUCAUUUAGCUUCCCUCACGUUCUCUCACUUAUCGUCACUUAUGCUCGCGUAUCCUGCACGUAUCGUCACUUACACUCACUUGACAGCGCGUACGUUCACUUAUGGCUGCAUAGAGUUGGAAUUAUCCUCUAUAUUGAGCACUUAUUCUCCUGUAGCUCACCAUGCAGACACAAAUGCACCGGCUUGUUCAAGGCUUCUUCUGCUGGCGCUUCCAGCCCUGCCGCCCUUUCGACCUCGCUCCAGUCACCAGUCUAGCUCGCGAUGUGAGUUAUCACUGCGAUGGGUCACGAACACUCACAUUACAGUCAGGCCACCGCGAGACGAAUCGUCGCCAAAGGCUACGUAACUGUACAUCAGCGUCAGCGCAUCACGAGCCAUGUGAACAUGCCGAGGCGGCGAGCAGAAAACUGGGCGGUUUGACGGUGAUGGCGGGCUAGGUAGGUGCAUAACACAGC